GCUGUUUGACAGUCCCUCUUUUAUUUUCGUAAGAAAUAUCUUCUCGUCGAGAAUAAAGCUUUUUGUUGAUUGUAUUUGUUUGUUCAUUGUGUAUUCCGCAUUGAAUUGACGAUUAUUUUAGUGGUAUAUUUCUGUGCAACACAUAGUAAUGUGAAGUAAGAUGUGUAACACUAUAAAUAGAUCGAGCCGCAGUUAGUUUGAUGAAUUGUCUGUUUGUGAUGGUUGAUCAGACAUAUUGACGAAUAAUUUAGCGAAAAUGGGCAGAAGAGAGGAGCCCGCUUGGGCCAGCGGCACCGUGGGGCUGCUGGCGGCGAGGGAGCGUGGGGAAGUGAAUAGAAAGUUUCAGAAUAGGCUUACGGUGACCCGACCUAUGAUCGACAGAUUGGGACUAGAGAAGGAGCUGCACGGGCAUAUGGGAUGUGUUAAUUGCCUGGAGUGGAACCACGAUGGAUCAAUCCUGGCAUCAGCUUCUGACGAUCUUCAUGUUAUGCUGUGGGAUCCCUUUCGCUACAAAGAGCUUAUGAACAUAGCAACAGGACAUACUGGGAACAUAUUUUCUGUAAAGUUCCUAUCCCCGGACGUGAUAGCGACGUGCGCGGCGGACGGCACGGUGCGCGCGCGCAGCAUCAACUCGAACGCGCCGCUCCUGGAGUGCGUGUGUCACUGCGCAAGAGUCAAGCGCCUCGCCACCGCGCCCGACAACCCGCAUCUACUGUGGUCGGCCGGGGAAGAUGGACUUGUUUUGCAACACGACCUGCGCAUGUCACACAGCUGCAACCCGGACUCGGCCAACGUGCUGGUGAACCUACUGAACCACUUGGGCCGGUACGCCGAGGCCAAGUGUGUCGCUGUGAACCCUCGCCGCCCCUACCAGCUCGCCGUCGGAGCCAACGACUUCUACGUGCGGCUCUACGACACUAGGAUGAUCAAAUUGGCUAGAUUACAGUGCGUUGGCCCGCAGACGAGCGCGCCGGCGUCGCGCCAGAUGUGGGAGCGGCAGAACAUGCGCUGCUCGCGGGCCGGCCACGGAGACCCCGACAACAACAUCCCCCGCGCCGCCGUGCACUACUUCGCUCCCGGGCACCUCUCAAUGGAGCCGAAUGAACACACGUUCCCAAAGAAGGCCACGACGUACGUGGCGUUCAGUCACGAUGGGAACGAACUGCUCGUCAACCUCGGCUCCGAACAGAUAUACAUAUUCGACAUAAACUCAGCGCGGCGUCCGGUGUUGGUGGAGAGCUUUAUCAUCCAGCACAACCACGGGAAUCGAACCUCGGACGCCAAGCAGCCGCUGAGGAACGGUACCAACGGUACCACUCCCCCUCCUCAGCAGCCCCCGCCACAGCUACCUGACCGCGUCAGGCAACUUAAAGAGAUGGCGAACGACUUCGUGAACAAGGGCAACUACCCGACGGCGGUGGAGUUCUACAACGAGGCCAUCUCCAUGUGUCCCGACUGCGCCAUCCUCUACUCCAACCGAGCCGCCGCGCUCAUGAGGCGGGGCUGGUCAGGCGACACAUACGCUGCAAUAAAAGACUGUUACAAGGCUAUAAAGCUGGACGCGUCCCACGUGAAGUCCCACUUCCGCCUGGCGAAGGGUCUGAUGGACCUGAAGCGCGCGCGCGAGGCCCACGAGUGCCUGCUGUACUUCAAGGACAAGUUCCCCCGCCACGCCACCAGCCACGCCGUGUUCCUGCUGCAGAAGGACAUCAAUGUCGCGCUGGAGAGCAUGGAGACCACGCCUGAUGAAGCAGCCGCGGAGGCGGAGGACAGCCAGCCCACGUCCGUACUGGAGCGCCAGCUGCGGGGCGCAGCCCUGGACUACUCGCAGCGACUCCUGGGCCACUGCAACACCACCACCGACAUCAAGGAGGCCAACUUCCUCGGACCCGACGCCAACUAUAUCGCCGCUGGAUCGGACGACGGCAGCCUGUUCAUCUGGUGCCGCAAGUCGGGCAACAUCAUCCGCUGCAUGCGCGGCGACGACUCCAUCCUCAACUGCAUCCAGCUGCAUCCCUCCAUGUUCCUGCUGGCCACCAGUGGCAUCGAGACCGUUGUACGGCUCUGGAGCCCACGGCCUGAGGAUGGCAAAGAAGAGAGUCGCAUCAUCCGUGACUCCGGGUCUGCGGCGCAGGCCAACCAGCAGCGCAUGCGCAGCGACCCAUUCGAGGCCAUGCUACUCAACAUUAGCUUCGCCAGCGGGAAUGUGGACAGGGACCUGCACUCUCCCGCCUGCAGGCCUACAUAGGUAAUGAGGUAACACCACAAAAUAAAUUAUUAUUAAAAUAUUCAUAGGCGUUAUAGGAACGCGGUCGAUAAGCGCAUUGUAAUCAUCACUACGAGUCAUUUGUAAAUAGUUACUAUUAUAUACAUUAUUACAUAUAAUUAAUAAUACGGCGUUAUCAUUAUUUUCAACCUCUUUUAUUACUUUUUCAACGCGUUCUGUACUACAUACUACAGUUGCAACUUAUUUUUCUAACUAUAGACAUUUUGAACUCUGUGUCUAUGUAAUAAGAGUGAUGUUACUGGUUAUAGAUGUUAUUGAAAAACGUGAUACUAAUUGGUGUUUUAGUAGAAAUGUGUUUAUCAACUCUUGCCUUAGGCUUUUUGUAAACAAUAAUUGUACGGGCAAUGCGCACGACUAUAAAUAAAUAGUGUCCCCCCAUCUCAUUCUUCACUUGGGAUAGAGCUUAUUCUCAAAUUGACAGUAAUGGACACUAAAGUAAUUUUUGUCCAAAUAUCCUUUGUAUCUAACCGCCAUAUUCAGAGUGAUUUAAUGCUUACUUAACUUAGUCUUAAAUGUCUCUGAAUACGGCAGUUAGUUUGGCUUAUAAAAUGACGGAAUUAAUAGGUUUUAUGUCUCGACAAUAAAACUCUAAGAAAUUACUCGAAAGCUAUAGAAUCUUCCAAUUUACUAACAUUGUAAUAUAACUGUUCACUUCUCACUGUAUGGCUUUUCUGUCUCACUCUCUCUUACUUUCUUACUCUUUCGUCUUCUGGUACUUCUCUUAAUCCACCAAGUCUUCCGGAUUCCAUGUAUCAACUAAGGACCUUUCAAUAUUCUGCUAUGUUAAGUAAAUAAAUAAGAAGUAGGUUUGAUCCAAAACCGAAGCUUUGUAACGUUAAGAAAAUUGGUGUCGUGAAAUGUCGUUCCUGAGACGUACCUCUUGUAGAAAGGCUAGAUUCCAUUAUAAACUGACCUCGCAUUAAAUAGAUAUUGUAUGUUAUGACAGAUCAACAUUUAUUGGAAAUGUACCCAAAAUGCCAUCGUCAUGCAACAAAUACAUAGCAAUGGAUUAGUGCCUUUAUUUAAUAGGACCUUAGGUCUAAAUCAGUGUUUAAAUGUAUACAUAUUGCUCAAUCCAUAAAUAACACUCUAGUAUGUAGUACAAACGUCAAUAAGGUUUCUUUUCGUGUGCAAAGUAUCGAGGUGCCAAGUGGUUAUGUUUUUCUCAUCAUUUUAUAUGAUUUUUGUACCGAUGUCAAUUCUGGGGUCGCUAUAAAAAAGGGAAAAUUGUUGAAAUUUUAGUUUGUAUUAUGUUUCUAAUAAAUGGUGGCUAAGGAAGAGAUAGGAUUACGCAGAUAUUUUGUAUUUUUUAAUGUUGGAAGAGAGUAGUGAACUUAUAUUGGAAUAUAAUAUAUUUUGUCAUAGCUUUAGUUACAAGAACUGAUAUAUAAUCAUGAAGUCGUAGCCAUAAUUAUGAUUUGCUGUAUCAUAGCGUGGGUUGCGGUGCGGGCACUGUUUCCAUUGCGUCGUGACGUGACGUCCGUCACAGGCAGAUAGAUAAAUAGACGUUGCAAUGUACACUGUUGUGUAUUUCUUUCUAUUAUUUAUUGUAUUAGGUAAGUUUAUAUUUUUGUGUAUUGUCAUACACAUAAUUAUUUUUGUGGAUUCUCAUAAUUUAUUGUGUUCUUGACUGACUUGAUUGAUAUAGCUAAAUGCUAUUUUAUAAAUAUACUAAUUUGAGUAUGUAAUAAACAAGAAUCCUUCGUUUGACUUCACGAUGAUAGCAAGUCAUAGCAUUAUUUCUUACAUACAAUCGUAUGUUUUAUAAAACUUUCUGUUUGUAAUUUCAAAGUAAAACUUAUAAACGCCAAGAAACUUCAUUUCUUCAGCUAAAGUUUGCACCAAUCAACGUCUAUCUAUCAUCGCCAACACACUUCCAGUUGCUCUUUAACCAGUUAACAGUUAAUAUUAAGCAUACAUAAUAUUAUAUUACAUGUUGUAAUAAUUAAUUAAUAAAAAAAACACCAAUCAAUCUGGUCUAAUGACAUUAUAAAGAUAGUUUAUUAAAAAACCAUUUUUGUUAUAUUUACGUAAUAUAUAGGUUUUAAUAAAUUAUCUACUCGAUACCAGAUUAUUUGGUGGUUAUAUAAUAAUAAUAAUGUUUAAAAAAAUAUCGUGACGGACGGUCAUGCGCAAUGGAAACAGGGUCCUGAGCAAACAUAAAUGGAUAUCAUAGCGGUGCCGAGGGCUGUCUACUGGUAGUGAGAUACAUAGAGUAUAAUUUUAAUAAAACAAGUCAUUCAUAA